AUGGACCUUUCCCCACUCAUGCUGAAGAAACAGCCUUCCCUGUCCCGUGCGCAAGCGUUCUUAUCGAGAUCCAAGGAGUCACCCCUUUACUUGCAUGUCGAGUACGCCGCGGAAGAAAACGAAGAUGUCUCGAGUUUAAACCAUUUUAUCUCCCCGCUUGUCCCUCGCAUCCAAAAAUUGAAAAUUUGCAUUAAUUUAACCUGGUUGGUUUCUGAACAAAGAUUUUCUCGGUCUGCAUUAUCUUGUUUUUUAAACGAAGACACCACUGCUGGAAGGCUUACCAUGCUCGAUUUAUCAGUCAAAGGGACCUCACGUGUAUUUUGUAUUCAAGCAGCUGGACAGAAACAAGACGAAGACUCUCUAAAUUUGACUUUGCCUGAGCAUCGUCUCGACAAACUUCUAUUACCGGUUACUGCUCUGCAGCUAGACCGUAUUUAUUCUCCUUGGACAAGCAAGGUCUAUCACGGCCUACUGGACCUCCGGAUUCACACUGUCUAUGACAUUCGUGAGUCAGAAUUGGUGAAUGUUUUUAUACAAAGCCCUCGGUUACGAGUGCUGGAGAUAAAAAGUCGAAUUAAUUUUGCACAUGCACCGCCAGCACCCAUAGCACUUCACAGUCUCGAGGUACUCAUAACCCAUAACCUAUCUUACUUGGAACUUGGACGAUUUUUGCAAGUGCUUGACACUGGCUCAAGUCCACUCUUCAUGUCCAUUGACUCGCCUCGCUUCGAUAACCAACUUAACCAAAACCUGGUGGACUUCUUCUCUCCUUCCAAUGUAACGGGACUCUGUACAACCGAAGGUUACUCAUUUGAAAUGUUGCUUGGACUUGUCAACCUCUCGCAUACGAUAAAAAAACUUGCAAUGAGUCCCCCACCACUGGCAAUUGACGACGAAAGUUUAAAAGAUGAAACAAAUGUGCCUAUCAGUACCUAUAUCCAUCUCGAAACGCUAUAUUUCCUAGGCCCGUAUUUCGCACUUAGAAUAAGCCAACUUCAGAGCGUGAUUAAUUGGCGUGGCGUUCGGAAGCUGGUAAUUUGGGGAGAUGUUCGCUGGAUUGCUAAUAACGGGAGGCCAAUUAUAAGCAAGCAGUUUCUUCAAAAGGAGCUGUCAGAGCUCGGUGCUGAGAUUGAACUUCUCCCGGCUCAUGCUCCCUGUCCGCUAGACUCUUUCCUAUUAUAA